GUACUGGGAGCUGGCGGCCGCUGGAAAGGAGCCAAAACAGGCGCGGAGUCGAGUUGUCGGGAGGAACUGGGCGCCGGCGAAAGCGGGCGCUUCAAAUCGAGUGGUGGGAAGGUCGAGAAGGACAACGGAGCGGGCUGAAGCGUUCCGCCGAUCGGCCAGCCACGCAGUGUGCCAAGGAUAUUGGAACUGGUGUGGUACCGGAAUUGGUUUCCCCAGGGCCUGAUCCAGGGUUCAGCAAUCAGCCUGCCGAUGGCCAUCUAUUGGACCCGGUGAAACUUGCCAAACUGGACACCGCAGCCCUCAGUGGAAACAUCUCGGCUGACACCCUGUCUGCCCCGGAGCUGUCGGAUUGCCUAUUGCCCGCCUGUGACGCAGGCACCCAUGAGGUGCUCUACGUGAGGGAGGCAGGAGAGCUGGAAGAUGCUGCCUGCAGUGAGGAGCACAAGGAUGCCUGCACCAUUACUGAUGUGUGCAACAGUACCAACCUUCCGGAAGUUGAAAUCAUCAGUCUCCUGGAAGAACAGCUGCCUCAUUACAAGCUAAGAGCUGAUACAAUUUAUGGUUAUGAUUAUGACGACUGGCUUCAUACACCCCUCAUAUCUCCAGAUGUUAAUAUCGACCUCACCAAUGAACAAAUAGAAGAGACACUAAAAUACAUGCUCCUGUGUGCAGAACGAGUGGGCCAGAUGACUAAAACAUACAAUGAUAUAGAUGCCGUGACACGUCUGCUGGAAGAGAAAGAACGGGACCUGGAACUGGCGGCACGAAUUGGCCAGUCAUUGCUGAAGAAGAACAAGUCACUAACUGAGAAAAAUGAGCACCUUGAAGAGCAGGUGGAGCAUGCCAGAGAGGAGGUUUCUCAGCUACGUCAUGAGCUGUCCAUGAAAGAUGAGCUACUGCAGUUCUAUACUAACGCAGCAGAAGAAAGUGAGAGUGGUUCGACUUCCUCCACACCGUUGCGGCGGAAUGAAUCUGCUCCAUCUGUACAGAAUUACUUUCACCUGGAUUCUCUUCAAAAGAAGCUGAAGGAUCUGGAAGAGGAAAAUGUUGUUUUAAGAACAGAGACAUGCCAUCUGCAGACUGAAACCAUUUCAUAUGAAGAGAAGGAACAGCAACUUGUGAAUGACUGUGUGAAGGAGCUAAGAGAUGCAAACGUACAGCUGGUUAACUUGGCCGAGGAACUGGCAAAGAAGACAGAAGAUGCAGCACGUCAGCAAGAAGAAAUUACGCAUCUGCUCUCUCAAAUAGUCGAUCUACAGAGGAAGACCAAGGCAUAUGGAGUGGAAAAUGAAGAACUUACUCAACAUCUGAAUGCAGCUAAAGAUGCUCAACGACAGCUCACAGCCGAGCUGCGGGAGCUGGAGGAUAAAUAUGCAGAAUGUAUGGAAAUGCUGCACGAAGCACAAGAGGAAAUCAAGAACCUGAGAAAUAAAACCAUGCCGAACAGCACACCACGCCGCUACCACUCUCUCGGCCUCUUCCCUUUGGAUUCCCUAGCAGCUGAAAUUGAAGGGUCAAUGCGUAAGGAGCUCCAAAUGGAUCUAACACCUGCCCAGGAACAAAAGCAUCAGCAGAAGCGAGUGUUUGAGACGGUGCGCACGGUGAACCAAGUUGUGAAGCAGAGGUCACAAGGUCCAUCUCCAUUGAACAUCCCAGGGUCAAACCAAUCCUCGGGAAUGAACUCUGCCUUCUCCAGCUGUAUCAGCACACCACGGUCCAGCUACUACGGAAGUGACGUCAGCAACAUUAUCAUUGAUAACAAGACCAACAGCAUUAUCCUGGAGACGGAAUCAUCUGACAUUGGGGGUGAAGAUAGCCACAAGAAGCUGGGCCAGCCGGGGACACCGGGCUCCAGGGAUCUGCAAGCAGCUCUCCGGCGCCUGUCCCUCCGCAGGGAGAACUACCUGUGUGAAAGGAAGUUUUUUGAGGACGAGCGUGAGAGGAAGUUGCAGGAGCUGGCGGAGAAAGGGGAACUGUCAGGUGGCUCUGCCACACCCACAGAAAGCAUUAUGUCCCUGGGCACCAACCUGUCCGGGAUCUCCGAUUUCACUGGCUUUUCAGGGAUGUCUUUCUGCAGCCGCUCAUACCUGCCAGAGAAACUACAAAUUGUAAAGCCCUUGGAAGGUUCAGCGACCUUGCACCAUUGGCAGCAACUGGCCCAGCCAAACCUAGGAGGGAUUUUGGACCCCCGGCCAGGUGUUGUUACCAAGGGCUUCAGACCACUGGAGCUGGAUACUGAGCAAGUGUACCACUUGACAGACUAUGAGGAAGAUGAGCCAGGUGCCCGUUCUUUCCGGGGGCUCGCUACCUCAACCCCGGUGCAGCACAGGGAGACCUCAGGUGAGAGGUCGAAUACAAAAGUGCCAGUAUCACGCAGCGAGACGUUAGUGAUGCAGUGUCAACCAAACGCAGCGGAGCCGCAGGAGUCAGCCGAAGGUGAUGAGGCUUCUGUUCACUAUCCCGGUAAAUGUAUGUCACACACCAGCUCCACCUUCACCUUCACUACUUGCCGUAUCCUUCACCCCACUGAUGAACUCACACAAGUCACUUCGAGCCUUGGCUCUGCACUUGCCGCAGCCUGUGGGAAUUUGGGUAACCUGAAAUCGACUCCAGUUGGCACCCCAUGCACUCCCCGUCGCCUGAGCUUGGCAGAGUCCUUCACUAACCUACGGGAAGCAACUACCACCAUGAGCACCUCCCUGGGGCUGGUGAGGUUGCUGAAGGAGCGAGGAAUCUCUGCAGCUGUGUACAACCCACUGAGCUGGGGCAGAAUGGGCUUCAGCACCAGCAAUAACCUCUACACUCCCAGGCCAACAAAUCUGCCAUCCACUCCUCCUAAUUCUCCACUGCAUCCCAUGUGCCCCUCGCCUGAAUUCAAAGGCUCUUGUAGUCACUCUGACACUUUCCUGGCCUCCAAACCUGCCAGUACCAUGCUGAAAGAGAUGAGAGGUGACAGGCUAACAAAGCACACUGAGAGCCAGACAGACGUCAGCAUCUCCAGAAUCAACUUGGUUGACAAGGUGAAGAGGCUCGGAAUUGCCAAAGUCAUGCAGCCCGGUGUAACACCCGUGCAAGAUUCCUCAAUGAGCGAAGAUCAGGGACCCCUUCUCAAUAGGGGCCAAGGUUCAAUGACUGCUUUUGCCCAGGGCGCUGUGGCUGGUGAUGGCCUUGCAUUAGGCUGCCCACAAGUGGUCCGAAGUGCAAUCGGAGGACUCCAGCUAAACACUGGCAUCCGGCGGAACCGUAGCUUUCCCACCGUGGUGGGAGCCAGCAUGCAGAUGAAAGGACCUGUCUCAAUGGCUUCAGGAAUUCUAAUGGGAGCCAAGUUACCUAAUCAGACUGACCUGCAAUGAAAGGAUUGAGCAGUUACUAUUAUAUUCACUCUCAGUGUUUGACACAUUGACUUAGUGCCUCUUAGGAUUAGAACAAACUUUGUAUAAUAUGUACAUAGAUUUAUGGCCCUAACUUCAGUGUAAGCAUCUAAUUUAAUUUAAGAUCCUAUCUAUACAUACUGUAUGUAUAUAUUAGGGAAGUUUUCCGAUUUAAGACGUGCACUCACAUUGAAAUGAAUAUUUUCAAAAAACCUUUUAAUCAAGACAGGUUGAUCAAAUUUUGCACUGUACUUCCUUAACAACUUGAUCACACAGUACAAUCAGAGAAUUGGAGCUGCUUUGUACGAUUGAAGCUGCCCAUUGCCAUGUAAUUGUGCAGUUGUUAUGGACAUUCAGCAAAACAGACAAAAUCAUUUUAAUUAAUACACUGUAUUUUAAGGAGAGAUUAACUCAUUUCAUUUUUAAAGCGUAUGGUUUUGUUAUUAACUUGAAAUGUUGUUUUGCCAGCCCUACUUUCCUAUACUAUGAGUUCCUUGUUUGAAGGAUGGUAGCAAUGAUAGUCUGUAGAUGUGAGAGAUGGAUUAAGAUUAGUACUCGUAAAUAUAACAAAAUCCAGUGUUUGUGUGACUUGUAUAUUUACUUGAAUAGGUACACAGGGGAUGUUGGGUACCUUUAAAAACUAAUUCUCAUCAGCACUGUUAGUUUUAGAUACGUUUUCAGCACAUAAAUUGUGCACCAUCUGCAGACAACUUUUUACAUCUUGCAGACAGAAGGGACUGCUGUCCGAGGCUCCAUCUACAAUGUACAUCUUUGAAACUGGCAAUUACUGCAUGGGUUUUAAAUGCCUCAUUAUUUCAUAUUGUGCAAAGUUUUAAGUAAAUACUGAUAUUUUGUUUCAGUUUUAUACAAUGUGUUUGCACAUUGCUGGUAAUAUAAGUUGCCGUUAAUCCAGAGGACAACUCAUUUGUGAAUGUAUGAGGAUAACAAAUGGUUCUGUGUAUCAUGUAUCAAUCAGUCUACUGAAGGAAGAAAUGCCAAGUCAAAUACAACUUGAAAGGGAAUUUCUCCACCUAUCAGUGUAAACAUGCAGACAUAAGAACACUUUAACACUUAGAAAAUUGGGAUAUAAUGUGUGAGAAGUUGCAACAUCUAUUUGUCUACUGAAAAGCUGAAAUAAAUCAGUGU